AUGAUUAUUUCUUACCCUAUUUUGGGGAAAAACUGUCAGUAUGUAAAGUUCUUUUUCAAAUACUCUAAGUAUAUCAGAAAAAGUUAUGAGAACGUCUAUGGAAAAAAGAAACCAAGUGGUGUAGUUGAAAAAGAAGGUAGAGGUGGAAGAUCAGAAGCAAUGAAAAAGCGAGAUAUUAAAACAGUUCUACAGCAUAUAAAUAGAUAUCCCAGGGUUGAGUCCCAUUAUUGUAGACAGAAAUCUUCCAAGGAGUACCUAUCACCACAACUUUCUAUUACCAAAAUGUUUGACAUGUACUUGAAAGAAUAUGAACACAAAGAUCCUGCUAGUUUCAACUCAUACAGAAUAUCAUUUAAAUCUUUAAAUGUUUCAGUGCAUAAACCCAAAAAGACCAAUGCACUUCGUGCAAUACCUAUUAUAGCGCUGACGAAAUUACUAAAAGCAAUAUUAAACAGACUUAUGAGAAGCACCAAAAUGAAAAGAAAAAAGUUGGAGAAAUUAAAAAAAAAGUAA